AUGAAAAAUACUCCGGCCUGGUAUGAACACCUGUCCUGUUCAUACUGCUAUCAAGAGGAUCCAAGUAAGAGUGCAGUGGCCCAGAAAGUUGCCCACCGUUCUUAUGUACGCUGUAUGAACAGAAGCGCCCAUCCGAUAGGGUUUUCGUGUGGGCCCAUUAGAGCUACCUGGCAGGGUGUGGACAAAGUCUUAGCCUCUAUUUAUAGUGUAUAUAUAUGCGUAGAUUCCAGAGAAACAAGGACCUUUACGUGACCCUGUUCAGUUGCUUUUUUCCUUUCUUUUUACAUGUUAUAUUAGGUCGACACCCUUUAAAUAAGAAAAUGGCACUAUAUAUUUAGCCACCCAAGGCUAAGGGCCUUUCAUUCGGGCCUCGUCUCCGAGUGAAUUCAGCUGCUCGCCUAGGAUUCGUCGUCGAAUCAGGUCGCUGCCAUUUUUAAGACACUUAGGCCCCGUGCACGCACGUAUCCGAAUAUUUUUGAAUUCGCAACUUUUUUUCCCGGAUUCAUGAAUUUCCACGUCCAAACGUAUCCAUAAUCGGAUUUGCCCGACCACAUGUAUCCGACGAUCCGACAAGUAUCCGGAUUCACUCUAGUACCCAGGACUUGACAAUAGAGCAUGCGUCGUAAAGCGCGCGAAAUUUGCAUCUUGCUCUGCCUUGAGAGAACCUGGGAAUGAGGUUGCUUUCUUGAAUACAGUAUCUGAGGUAAAGAACUGGGCUCAAUCUUGUUACGUCACCGGAUAACAGAAUAUUUGGAUUUAGCGUCCACACGAUUCCGGAUUCAUAGCGUAUUAAAAAAUUUCCGCUCUGGAGAGCAGAUUUCGUACGCAGGAUUCACCGGAUACGUGAGGACGGAAGCCGCAAUGAACGGCCUUCUUAAAUGCACUUCACUAUUUUGUGGAUUUAUUUUUCAGGAGUUUGUUUGAAAUGUUAUUCAUGCAGUCCCUCCAAGGCAAUCAUUGAAGGAAAAUCUUUCACUCCUCAGCAAUGCGAGCAAAAUCAAACGGAACUCGCCUGUCAAGCUCCAUAUGAGAGGUGCAUCAAGGCGCAUCAAAAGAAAAAACAUCAAGAUGGUAGCGUUAUCGAAUAUGAAUUUAGAGGCUGUGCCAAUAAAUUAACUUGUGAUCAGUUCCAGAGAGCUCUUGAACAGGCGCAGCUGAAUGGUUGGGACGCAAGUAUUGCGUGUUGUCUCACAGAACUUUGUAAUUCUGCAUUUCAGCAGAAUAUGUGGAAAACCUGGUGGAUGGUCGGCUUAUCUCUUUGGUGGACUUUGAUGAAGAUAUAG